GACUUCUCACAAAUGAGAGUUUUUGAGUGCCUCAAUUUUACCACUUGAACUAGACCUAUCGACAUAUCAUUACAUCUAUAAGUGCACAAAAUCAUAUUGCAAGAAUAUGACUAAACCAAAAUAGCAAAAAGAUGAGUUCCGACUUAGAAGAGGAGCUGCCGCCGCACGUGGUGAUUUUCCCAUUUCCGGCGCAGGGCCACAUGAAUUGCAUGCUCAAUCUCGCUCAUCUCUUCUGCUUAACCGACUUCCACGUCACCUUCGUCGUGUCGGAAUUCAGCCACCGCCUCCUCCUCAAGAACACCUCCGUCCCCGCCACCUUCGCCGCCUAUCCCGGCUUCCAGUUCCGGAGCAUCCCCGACGGCCUCCCCGACGAUCACCCCCGCAGCGGCGCGAGAGUCGCCGAUAUCGUCCCCGCCGUCGCAAACCACAUGAUCCCAAAUUUCAAGAAAAUGAUGGCCGAGGAAGACUUCCUCGCUUCCCCCCACCGUAGGCCGGCCACGUGCUUCGUCGCCGACGGCUUUCACGGCUUCGCCGCUGACUUCGCGGAGGAGAACGGCCUUCCCUUGAUCUAUUUCCGAACUCCUAGUGCCUCCUACUUGUGGGCUUAUUUUCAUGUCGAUCAUCUCAUUCAAGCUCAAGAAAUUCCCAUCAAAGACAAGUCGAUGGAUGGAUUAGUGAAAGGCAUACCAGGAAUGGAAGGAUUCCUCCGCCGCCGCGACCUGCCGGGCUUCUUCCGCACCGACGACGUAAACGACCCGCUUCUGCAGAGCUUAGCAGCGGCGACGAGGCAAAUCGUACGAGCACAAGCAGUCAUCUUCAACACUUUCGAUGAUUUGGAGGGGCCGAUUGUAUCACUCAUGCUCGAGAAAUUGCCAAGAAUCUUCACUAUCGGUCCAAUCCACGAGCAGCAGAAGUCGAGGCUCAUGGAAAAGAAAUCCAAGGCGUCAAUUGUUGCAGGCAAUUUCUGGGCGGAGGAUCGGAGCUGCAUAGAUUGGCUUAACGCUCAGCCUCGGAGAUCGGUGAUCUAUGUGAGCUUUGGGAGCAUAACAGUUGUGACGAGAGAGCAAUUGAUGGAGUUCUGGCAUGGUUUGGUGAAUAGCUCGCAGAGAUUCUUGUGGGUGAUGCGCCAGGAUUCCGUCACCGGAAAAGAUGGAGACGAUCGAGUUCCGGCCGAGCUGCCGGAGGGUACUAAUGAAAAGGGUUACUUUGUGAAGUGGGCCCCGCAGGAGGAGGUGCUCAACCACCCUGCGGUGGGUGGGUUCUUGACGCACAGUGGAUGGAACUCGACUCUCGAGAGCAUUGUCGCUGGCGUGCCGAUGAUCUGCUGGCCUUAUUUCGGGGACCAAACUAUUAAUAGUAGGUUCGUGGGCGAGGUUUGGAAGAUUGGUAUUGAUAUUAAAGAUAGUUGUGAUAGAUUGAUUAUCGAGGAGGCGAUUAGAGAGAUUAUGAUAGUGAGGAAAGAUGAGUUCUUGGAAAGGGCAGAUGGUAUGGCUAAAAUGGCUAAGAAGGCUGUGGAAAGAGGAGGUUCAUCGUAUAGGAAUUUGGAUGCUCUAAUUGAGUAUAUUAAGUCAUUGAUAACUUGAUUUAUAUUUGACCUAAUGGAAAAUUAGAUCGCUUUGUAGUGUAUUUUAAUAGAUCAUGAAUCAUAAAUCUUUUAGA